CUCAAUAUGAAAUAAAAUGUAUUAAAAUAAUGAAUUUAUUAUGUUUAAACUAAUUAAUUUUUAAUCUUAUCCUUUUUUAUUAUUAGAAUGAUUUUAUUUAAAAGUUUGUGACUUUUAAGCCUGAACGAUGAUAUUAUGGGCUCAAUGUGAAAUAAAAUGUAUUAAAAUAAUGAAUUUAUUUGACUGUCUGUGACUUAAAACUGCUAAACAACGUCAUUAAACCUUAAAUAUUACACACAUUUUCUGGUGGUUUCAUGUGGACAUGACCAUGUGUGGACCCGGUUGUGGUCAGAACCUUGUGGGGACCAUGUGGUCCCCUCAAGCCGGGAGGUAGUACCGCCGUGUGGCCGGUAGAGGGCGCGCCGUUGGGGGCCGGCCUUGGCGGAGGAGGACCCCGUCACGUCAGUCUGCACGCCGCCUUUGAGCGCGUGUAGACAGAGGAGAGAGAGCACGCUGCUCGGAGUCACACCGACACACCGACACUCCUCGUGGCUGAGCCCGACCUCCAUCAGACCGCACACCGGAGCUCACGGAGCGACAGAGGGAAAAACCAGCACCGAGAUGUCGGGGUUGAAAAAGAGGAACUCCGGUUCCUCGGCGGACCGGGAGGAGGAGACGCAGGUCACGGAGAGGAUGCUGUCCCCGGGCAGCGGGGGGGACAACCCGGCUGGAUCACCGGGAACCGCCGACGACAAGAGCCUCGUGAACGGCGGCGGAGGUGGAGGAGGAGGAGGAGAAGGGGUCGUCCUGAAGAGGACCAUCACCCUGAUGAACGGCGUGGCCAUCAUCGUGGGCACCAUCAUCGGCUCGGGCAUCUUCGUCACGCCGAUCGGCGUGGUGAAGGAGGUCGGCUCGGUGGGUCUGUCCCUGAUCGUGUGGGCGGUGUGCGGGGUGUUCUCCACGGUGGGCGCGCUCUGCUACGCGGAGCUGGGCACCACCAUCAGCAAGUCCGGCGGGGACUAUGCCUACAUCCUGGAGGUGUACGGCUCCCUGCCCGCGUUCCUCAAGCUCUGGAUCGAGCUGCUCAUCAUCCGGCCGUCCUCGCAGUACAUCGUCGCCUACGUGUUCGCCACCUACCUGCUGAAGCCGCUGUUCCCGGUGUGCGCGGUGCCGGAGGACGGAGCCAAGCUGGUGGCCUGCCUCUGCAUCCGUGAGUAUGAGGCCGAGCCGAGCCAAGCCGGGCCGAGCCAUGCCGGGCCGAGCCGGGAUGAUGCAACUUUAGGCGGUGUUGUGUUGUAGAUGCUGCUGGAGUUA